CUUAAUUUCAUUGACCUAUAAAAUGCAGGUCAAAAUGUUAUUUAUCUGUAUUACUGGUUGCAUAUCUUGAGCAAAACUUUUCUGCACUGUGUAUUGGUAUUAUUCAUCAAUUAGAAUCAGCUGAUCUUGAUUUAAACUUUUGUUGCAUUUGACCUGCUCUGACUUUUAUAUUGUACAUAUGUUCUGAUUAGUGAUAUGUACCAGUGCAAAGUGACCUCCUAGCGAAGUGCAACCUACAAUCAAUCUUUAAUUCACCGCAAGAAAACAAUGGGCGGCAUAGCACCACUCCUUACAUUGAUCUCCAGUCAUUUAACCUAAUUCUCGUGUUGAAGAGUGUUGUCGUGUUCAUAAUUUGACCUAAAUGGCUUCUCUUUGGGUUGGAUCGGACAUUGAUUUGCCUACUUUGCACCAGUACCGUUUGGCCGAUAGGCUGGAGUUCCGCCUAGCCUGUUUACAUAAUAGAAAGGUCUCUUUUGGUACUCAGAAUGAAGAAGAAGGUCAUAGUCAGGAGGAUGUCAUCAGGAGAAGGAGAAGGUCAGGAACGUGGCCGUGCAAAUUCUGCAUUAUAGAGCUAAAGCGAUCUCGAGAAAGCGCCGAAUAG